AAGUAAACGGAAUCAAGAACGACCAGCGGCCAAUAACAAUUUCAACGUUCUUGUUAUUUAUACGGUUAUAGGCGUUAUUAACCCUGGAACUCAAAAUAUGACGGGCCUUGUUUGAUAGAUGUUAUCUAGGUAACGCUAGCUAGCUGUUAACAAUGGCUAACUGUGUGGUUUUUCACACUCAAAUAGCCUCCGUUAUGGAGGUGCUAGCGAAUGCAGCCGUGGCAGAGAUCUGUAAACUCGUAGACGACGACUAUGCAGUGUUACAUUUGGAAAUAACUCAAAGCCAGAAAGAAAACAGGGCAUUGCGGAGGAAACUACAGCUAUUGGAACUAAAGAUGGCACGGGAGCGCGCAGAGAGGACAAUGCGAGAGCGCGUCGUCGCCAGUCGUCCCAGUAGUGUCAAGAUCCUCGACCAAUACAGAGAGAUGGCAAGAGGACAUCUCACUGGAGGCCACAGGAGCUUUGUGAAGCCAAUGAGCGACAAUACAUGGAGACAUGACCAACCAGUCACUGUUGAUGAGGGGAGUGGAACCUCAACCCAGCACAUGGUGAUAGAGUCAGUCUGCAGAUACAGAGGCUGCAGGUCCUGGAGGAUCGUCUCUGGUAAAGCAGGAGAGGACUGAAGGAGACGACCCACAACAAAUCAGAAACAUCCAGACUGGAGUAGCGGCUGGAGUGGCGCCCCCUGUGGCCACAAAGGACCUCACCUCCUCGCCCCAGCCCAGGGCAAAACGCAACAUCACAGAGAACAGUGAAACAAUGAACGAGGUCCUCAAGUCAGAGACAGACACAAAGACUUUAAUUGUAACACAAAGGCUUUUACAUACAGGAUCUGUCCUCGGGUCAGACCCAGAGGGGCUGGAGCCACUGGGCUGUCCUCCUGCUACCGGCUCAGAGUAUUUACUUUACGGUACCCUGAGCCCAAGGACAGUUCAUUCCCAACGGGACUCAUGUGACGCAUUAGAGACUGGCACUGAUCCGUCUUGUUCCUACACUACAGAGAUCGAGCCUGGCAACAUAUCCUUGGGUUUAGAGACACAGAAUGAUCUGUCGAGAGGGAACUUGAACCAGUACAGUAGUAGUGUAUACACUGAAGGGUGCCUAGAUAAGAAAGGGGGGGUUAUAGUCGUAGAUGAAGUGACUGUGAAAGUGGAGGGCGAUGCUCCUCCCACAUGGAAUGUAGAUUGUCAUCUAGGAGACAGACACUCACAGGGCAGAGAUUUGUUAGAUUACAGGGGAAGCUUAGGGACAAAUCUAAAUGUCGCCACCCACUCCCCUUUACACGCGUUCAGGGAUCGCGAACCAGUGUCCACGACGAUGGGGCCUUCCGAUUCACACAGCAGCGUCCUUUUCGAUCAGGUAUUGAACUCAAAGGGCCAAAAGGCCAAGGCUCAGGCAGUGGGAGCAACAUCAGACAAUAGUAAUGAGAAACAGUUCCUCUGCUUGUUCUGUAACAAAGGCUUCAGCUGCCUCCAGAAGUUGGAGAUCCACAAGAGGGUCCACACAGGGAUUAAACCCUUCAGCUGUACCCAGUGUCACAUGCGCUUUGCACACUCGUCCAGCCUUAAGAGGCACCAGAGGGUCCACACAGGGGAGAAACCCUACAGCUGUACCCAGUGUCACAUGCGCUUCGCCCAGGCUAGCAACCUGAAGAUACACCUGAAGGUCCACAUGAGAGAGAGGCCGAUCGCCUGUAUGGACUGCGGGAAGAGGUUCUCCGAUAGGUGCUACCUCAUGAUACACCAGCAGAAAAACCAUUCCACUCUAUAACAUAGAAAGUAACCUUUGGGGGGGAGGAUCACGUGACCCUUGAACGAGAUGGCGGCAUGAACUAAGAGCUCUGCACAAGUAGUUUCCAAUUCCUAAUCUUACCACCACUCCAAGUUCAAACUCCUUUAGCUUUAGUUUUAAAAAGUAAUGGCGGCUACAAAAGGCGACACUACAGGUGACAUUUUUACCCGGACUCGAGCAUUAGCGACGGAAAAAGCCUCCAAGAAGAAGCUAGCUUCAGAAAAAGCUUGCGCCAGGAGCAAGAGGACCCGCUCCCCCCCGAGGCCCAACGAAUGUCAACCUCGCACUCUGUCGAAGACAUCCUUUCUGAGUUGAGAUCCAAACGUACAGAACUCAACACUAAAUUAGAUGCCAUUAAUUCUCAGCUCAGUGCGAUAGUGACAAUCCUGGAAAACGCUUUGCCUGACAUCAACAACAAGAACCAUAAACGCAGGGGACCUGGACAAGGCAGAGGGGCGAAUCCUAUCCAUGGAAAACUUAUUGACAGAUGCCAUGGAAACAAUAGCAUAUGCUAAAAAGAAAAUAGAGCAUCUGGAAGAGAAAACAGAGGACCUGGAAAACCGGGGGUGAAGGAAUAAUUGUGUUCUAUUAAAUCUGGGCGAAAAAGAAGAGGUAAACAUGCCACUGAUGCGCUACCUGCAAGACAAACUUCCCGAGUGGCUCCACCUGUCCACCGACAGGCCCAUAGAACUCGAGAGAGCUCAGCGAGCACUGAGGCCCCCACCAGCAGCCAGACAACCACCGCGCCCAACCACCAUACGUUUCCUGAGAUUCACCGACAAGGAACGAGUCCUACAGGCGGCGAAAAACAACACCAUCACAGUGGGAAACGCCAAACUCACUUUACACCAGGACCUGUCAGCUGGAAUAUGCCGAAAGCGCAGAGAGUUUGACGAGGUGAAGAAACACUCCAUUGACCAAGGCAUCUUCAGGGGAUUCAAAUA